AUGGACGUUUUACUCGAUGUUUUGGACACAAUUGUCCUUGAUCGAGUAUACGCUUCUCUCCUCCCCGAGUCAACCACAACCAAACUCGCCGCUAAGGAACAUGGUACCCUUCAUAACCGGCAUGUUCAGGUUUAUUUCCCUCUUCAGCCGUCACCAUGGGCGGAUUCAAGUCUCUGGAAACGAGACGAUGUGCUCAGACAAACAACUUCUUUUUUUGCGAUCAUGUGGGUAUUCGGAUUAACCAUGUACUUCAUCGGAAGCACGAUAAUGUACCAUACAAUCUUCGACAAGACUUUACUCCAGCACCCGAAAUUCCUCAAAAAGCAAAUCCAGCUCGAAAUAAAACAAGCCGUGAUCGCAAUGCCAAUAAUGGCCAUCCUCACCGCGCCCUUCUUUGUCGCCGAGACGCGUGGAUGGACGAAACUGUACGAUUUCGCAGACUCGGCUCCCUUCCGCUGGUAUACCUUCCUGCAGUACCCGUUCUUCAUCGCCUUCACGGAUACGGGGAUCUAUUGGAUUCAUCGAUGGUUGCACUACCCAUCAAUUUACCGAUGGCUGCAUAAGCCGCAUCACAAGUGGAUUUUGCCUACCCCCUUCGCGAGUUAUGCGUUUCAUCCGGUCGAUGGGUGGUUCCAGAGUCUGCCGUAUCAUCUGUUUCCAUUCGUUUUUCCGUUGCAAAAGUGUGCGUAUCUGGGUCUGUUUGUUUUUGUGACUCUUUGGACUAUUCUGAUUCAUGAUGCUGAGUAUCUGUCCAAUUCCGAAGUAAUUAAUGGCCCGCCAUGUCAUACAAUGCACCAUCUAUACUUCAACUAUAACUAUGGUCAGUUCACGACUUUCUGGGACCGUCUGGGUGGUACCUACCGAAAGCCGUACGGCGAUGAUUUGGUCAUAUAUCAGAAAAAGGAAACAUAG